AUGCAAAAUAAGUUUUUCACACAGGUCUCUUUACUCAUUGUCCUGAUACUACCGCUUGCGACGCUUUCACCUGCUUAUGCUGAUUCGCAUCAGCAGCGGGGUGGCACCUUAAUAUUUGGGCGCGGCGGUGACUCCGUCGGAUUAGACCCAGCUCUUGAGGAAGAUGGAGAAUCUUUCAAAGUUUGUGAUAACAUCUACGAUACACUCGUUGAAUACAAAGAUGGAAGCACCGAACUUGAACCGGGUCUCGCUACAAGUUGGGAGAGUUCAGAAGAUGGUUUGACAUGGACUUUUUACCUUCGAGAAGGUGUAACCUUCCAUGAUGGCACCCCUUUCAACGCCGAGGCGGCUGUUUUUUCCCUUAACCGACAGCACGAUGAAACACACCCGUUCCAUAACGUUGGUGGUAUUUAUAUUUAUUGGAUAGCCACUGGCUUGGCAGAGAUCGUGGAUACAAUUACUGCCGUUGAUGAAUUUACCGUCCAAAUUCGCCUUAAAACGGCUUAUGCUCCGUUUAUCUAUACGAUUGCCAUAACCCCGUUCUCUAUUGUCAGUCCAACUGCGGUGAAAAAAUCGGGCGAUGCAUUUUUCAACAAUCCGGUUGGCACCGGUCCCUUCAAGUUCGUGCGAUGGGACAGGCAAGAUAAAAUCGUGCUUGAGGCAAACGAUAAUUAUUGGGGCGGACGCCCAAUGUUAGAUAGAGUCAUCUUUCGUUCUAUUCCUGACAACUCGGUGCGGCUCAUUGAACUUCAGCAGGGGAGUCUUCACGCGAUGGAGUUCCCAAAUCCGGACGAUUUGCAACAGAUUCGAGAUGAUGCGACACUUGAAUUACUAUCGCAACCCGGGAUGAGCAUCGGCUAUUUGGCGAUGAACAUGGAGAAACCGCCGUUUGACAAUCUCAAAGUACGGCUCGCGAUAAACCACGCCAUUAACAAAUCAGUGAUUAUUGAACAUCUGUAUCAAGGUUUGGGGAUCCCAGCAAAAAACCCGAUUCCACCGACGCUCUGGAGUUAUGACGAUACAAUUGAGGACUAUGCCUACGACCCAGAACUCGCGAAGCAGCUUCUCACUGAAGCCGGAUACCCUGAUGGAUUUGAGACAACACUCUGGGCAUUGCCAGUGCCGCGCCCCUAUAUUCCUGAUGGACGUGCCCUUGCAGAAGUGCUGCAAUCCGAGUUCCGAAAUAUUGGCGUUGAGACAAAAAUCGUGACCUACGAUUGGGGCACCUAUCUUGAGAAAACAAAAAAUGGGGAGCACGACAUGGCAAUGUUAGGAUGGAGUGCUGACCUCGGUGAUCCAGAUAAUUUCCUCUACUUUCUUUUGAGUAGUACUGCACAAGACACUAAAGUUUUAGGCGAUGCCAACGGCGAUGGCGUUGUGAAUAUCCUCGAUUUGGUGCUUGUCGCCUCGCAUCUUGGUGAGAGUAUUGAUUCAACACAAGUGCCGAAUCCUGAUGUCAACGGCGACGGUACGGUAAACAUUUUAGACUUAGUCCUCGUCGCCAGCGUUAUAGGAGGUAGCGAACCCGAGACUACAUCCACAGGUGGCACGCUGAUUUUCGGGCGCGGCGGUGAUUCUCUUACCCUCGACCCCACGCAAGUCGUUGAUGGCGAAUCGGCGAAGGUUUGUGAAAUGAUCUACGAUACACUCGUUCAAUAUAGGGAGAACACAACCGAUCUUGAACCUGCCUUAGCUGAAAGGUGGGAACGCACCGCCGAUGGACUGACGUGGACAUUUCAUUUACGACAAGGCGUUCAAUUCCACGAUGGCACCCCGUUUAACGCCGAUGCUGUCGUCUUUUCACUCACCCGACCGUUCGCAUUAUUUCGUAAUUUUCAUGAACAAUUCAUCAAACAGAUUACUGCCCUCGAUCCAUUUACGGUGCAAAUUCAACUCAAGACACCAUACGCUCCGUUUAUUAGCACGAUGGCAGGCACUUCGUUUUCUAUUGUGAGUCCGGCAGCUGUUCAAAGUUUUGGUGAAGAUUUCGGCAACAAUCCGGUAGGUACAGGACCUUUCAAAUUCGUUCAGUGGGAUCGGAACGACAAAAUCGCCCUUGCAGCAAACAAUCAGCACUGGGCAGGUAGACCUACACUUGAUAGGCUCAUCUUCCGUUCUAUUCCCGAUAACGCCAUGAGACUCAUUGAACUCGAAAAAGGCAACCUCCACGUCAUGGAAUUUCCGAACCCUAACGAAGUACCAUUGAUCCAAGGCAACCCACAACUCGAACUUCUCAUGCAACCGAGUCUGAACAUCGGAUAUUUGGCGAUGAACAUGGAAAAACCACCGUUUGAUAACCUCAAGGUCCGGCUCGCAAUAAACCACGCCAUUAACAAAACCGAAAUUGUUGAGCAGCUCUAUCAAGGUUUGGGGAUCCCCGCCAAAAACCCAAUCCCUCCCUCACUCUGGAGUUAUGACAAUUCCAUUGAAGACUACGAAUACAAUCCGGAACUCGCGAAACAACUCCUCGCUGAGGCAGGAUACCCGGACGGUUUUGAGACGACCCUCUGGGCGUUACCUGUUCCGCGUCCCUAUAUUCCAGAUGGGAUGGCACUGGCAGUAGCCAUUCAAUCCGAACUCCGAAAUAUCGGCAUCAACGCCAAAAUUGUGACAUACGACUGGGCAACCCUAUCUUGCGAAAACAGAAGUCGGUGA